UUGGUUCCUUUCAGAUAGCCAUCCGAGCUUGUUUCCUGGGGUUUGUGUUCGGCUGCGGCAUGCUGCUAAGUUUUAGCCAGUCUUCUUGGAGUCACUUUGGCUGGUACAUGUGCUCCCUGUCAUUGUUCCACUAUUCUGAAUACUUGGUGACAGCAGUCAAUAAUCCCAAAAGUCUGUCCUUGGAUUCCUUUCUCCUGAAUCACAGCCUGGAGUAUACAGUAGCCGCUCUUUCUUCUUGGUUAGAGUUCACACUUGAAAAUAUCUUUUGGCCAGAACUGAAGCAGAUCACCUGGCUCAGUGUCACAGGGCUGCUGAUGGUGGUCUUCGGAGAAUGUCUGAGGAAGGCGGCCAUGUUUACAGCUGGCUCCAAUUUCAACCACGUGGUGCAGAAUGAAAAAUCAGAUACACAUACUCUGGUGACCAGCGGAGUGUACGCUUGGUUUCGGCAUCCUUCUUACGUCGGGUGGUUUUACUGGAGUAUUGGAACUCAGGUGAUGCUGUGUAACCCCAUCUGCGGCGUCAGCUAUGCUCUGACGGUGUGGCGAUUCUUCCGCGAUCGAACAGAAGAAGAAGAAAUCUCACUAAUUCACUUUUUUGGAGAGGAGUACCUGGAGUAUAAGAAGAGGGUGCCCACGGGCCUGCCUUUCAUAAAGGGGGUCAAGGUGGACCUGUGACGGGCAGUGGCUCCGGUGACCUUGGGGCCUCCAGCCCCGUGCAUCCUGGGACAAAACUGUUUCUGGUCGGCCGCUGCAACAUGGAUUUUCUUAAUCGUUUUACGUCAUUAGUCACUCUUCUGGAAUGUCACUCAAGACCAAGCGGUCAGAAGGCCUGAGGACCCAAGGCCCCACUGGAGCAGUCUGUCCUUAAUGCCGAAUCAAGGCGGAACAUGGGUGAAAGACGAAUAAGAGGCAAAUCACAGCAAUAUUCCACAGCGCCCUCCAGAGUGACCUGGGGAGGACCGAGGCCACACGCCACUGCCCCCGAGGCCAGAGUGUAAGUAAGGGAUAACCAGGACUCCCUGGGAGAGAUGGACUCUGUCCUCAGCAACACUUCCACAGCAGAACGGGGUAGCAGGUACCCCUUCUUAUCAGCAUUAAAAAUGCAUUUACAACCUUUCAUUUAACCGAAAAACACAAACCGCUUUAACCUCUUUAUUUCUGUCCCUCACUGCAUGAACAUCUAUACAAUUUUAAAAAUAUUUCCUCAUAGGAUGCUUUGGCCUUUCAUCUAUUUAAUCAUAGCUACAUAUCUAUUUUUUAUAAGUAGCAGUACACAUUCAAAGGGGUAUUCCUAGCUCAACGCUUGGUGUUCUAGCUCAACUUUUAUCCUGCAGCAAGUAAGCCUAGAUACCUCCACACAAUUUGGCUGAGUGGCUUUGUGUGAACGUGGCCCCAGGCCAAGGGGAUCAUGGCCCUGGCCGGCUUUCCUGGGGGUCUCAGCUCCUGUUGUCAGUGACAGGCGGCUCAAAGGAGUGUCCAUUUCUCUUGAUCCAGAAGUGCUCAGUGAAUGCCUGCUCUGUGCAUGGCCUUAAACAUUGAGAAGUGCUGCUCUCCAUUUAUUUGGGAUUUGAUUCUCAUUUUACCAUAGCUUAUAUUCUCAAUUUCAAUGUCAGUCUCAGAACUCUUGUUUUAUGUGUUGUGUUCUCAAAAUUACAUUGUCCCUCAUGUCAUUUCAAACUGUUGUCAAAGGGAUUUGAACAUACACAACUACAAAUCCAAGCAGACUGACUCUCAAAAAUAAUCUUAAAUACUGCAAAUAGUCCCAACCAAGAUUCAGUCAAUAUGUUUGUUUUGCAAGUUUGGGAGAGUAGUUGGCUUUGAGUCACACAUGGAAGCUUUAAGAGGUGAAACGCUGGCUUCAUUCUGGACUAGACAGGAACUUGGCCUCAGCGUGAGAUCCUGCCAUGCAGUGUUACGGUGGCACUGAAGAAGUAUGAAUGUGAAGGCGUGGGCUUGGGGCCAGAGCACGACUCUGCUGCCCCACCACGCAGCUUGUGAGGAGCCACUAAACCUUUCCGUGCCUAGACCUCCCCAUCUGUGGAAUGGGGUCAAUACCACCUACCUCACAGGGGUGUUGUGAGGACUGAGAAGAACAAUGUCAAAUGUUUUUAAUACUCAGAUGUGGGGGCGACAUCAAUGAAAUCUGUACUGUAUAAAAGCUACACAAAAAUGGGCAGACAUUUGGUUAAUUGUACCAGAUACCUAAAAUGUAUGUUCAGAAAAGCGUUUUAUCAACUCAGAGAUACGACGUGUUUCUAGAUUUCA